AUGUCAACGACACCCAUGAAUCGCAAACUUCUAUCGAUACAAGAAGUCGCAUUUCCAUUCGUAAGUUCUAUAAACUCAUAUUAUGAGUCAUAAAAAGUUUUGAAUGUGUUUUUUUUACAGAAGUUUUCACCACUUGCAACAUCUUCUCCAAUUGCAAAAAAGACGGCAAACAAUUCGUUUUUGUCAACAAGUUCUGGAUCUGAAGGAGGAAAUUUGACUGAAAUAGCUAUCAAAGGAGUCGAUGAAAGCUUGAUUGCGUGAGUGAAAUAUUCAAUGAAUUUGAAUUGUUUCAAGCAAUUGAUGGGCAUUUUCAGAGACAAAUCGGAUUGCUCACUUUUGUCGUUUCAAACAGCAAUCGAAUAUGUGGAUGGAAAUGCAUUCAUGCCAACAAAAUUCCGGCUUCCUCAUGAUUCUGUCAGAGCGGCUCUUGAAAUUUGUGCACAAAAAACAUGGCCAUCAAAUACACCUUCAGCAUACAAAGAAAUUGUGAGUUUGAAAAGAAAUGAAUUUGUCUUCAACAUGAAAUUAUUUUUCAGGCUUUGCAAAGAUAUUUAUGGGAUGCAAGAUCAAUUUGGAGGCCAUAUACAAUGGUUCAAGAACCUGGAACAGUCAUCCAAUUUUUGUGCAAAGAUGGAUUGACCAAAUCAUAUAUCAAUAAUUCGAUUGGAUUCACAUAUUAUAAACUAAUCGAUAUAUCUGUAAAUGAUGUUUUCGAUAAACAAAAUAUGUUUGAUUAUUUCAUUGAAAGAGGAAUUCCAUCAACAAUUAUUGAUCGAUUAUUCGAAGGAGUUGUGACAAAAGGAAAAAAGGAGAUAUUGAAUGUUGCCGAAGCAUCACAUUUUAUAUUCGCACUUUAUGGAAUGGAUGAAUAUCAAAGUAUCGAAUAUUGGUUUAGAAUAUUUGAUGUUGAAGGAUUGGGAUAUCUGGAUCAAAAACAUUUGGAAAUUCAUUAUAAUGAAGUUGUGAAGUUUUUGAGAAAGAUUGGAAUCGAAGCAUUGAAAUUCGAUCAAGUUUUCGAUAUGGUAAGUUUUUAUGAUUAAGAAAAUGAUGAAAAACUAGAACAUUUUCAGUUCUCGGAAAUACUUGGAACACGAAAAUGGACAUUGAAAAUCCUCAAGAAAUCUCCGACAAUAACAGUUCGAGUUCUUUCGGCAUUUACAAAUGCAUUGAAAUUCUAUGACUUCGAAACAAAUGAAAGUAAGUUGUUUUCUGUUUGAUUUAAAAGCGAAUAUAAAAAUUAAUAUUUAGGAAUGAAUACUGAAAGAGAAGACGAUGAAAUGUUUGGCGAACAUCGAAAUUGUUGGCGGCGAGAACUCGACCAUGCAUAUGAUUCUUUUUAUGAUCAAGAAGAUAUCAGUCAAUGA